AGCUAGAGGGAGGCGGGUCUACUGGUUGCUGUAACGUGAUUGGCUGACGUGUGGAAGGCCGGGACGGGGGUUGACAGCGAGGUUUGGCGGGGCCACUGUGAGGGCAGCUGACGGCUGUGACAUGGCCAAUGUUCGGCUGGAGUUCAAAUCGAGCGCCGGAGACGCGGACCCCCAGACUAGGCCUGUGCUGAUUCUGGGCCAACUGCCCAACUUGCUUCGGGUGCUCUGGAGCGAUGUGAGGGGAAAGCUGCAGCCCCGGGUCACCGAGGAGAUAUGGAAGAAUGCUCUGGGCACCUUAAGUCCCAAUCCCACUGACAGCUGUCCUCUAUACCUGAACCUGGCCACAGUCGCCGCCCUGCCUUCCCGCGUCAGCCGCCAUAACAGCCCCUCCGCUGCUCACUUUAUCACACGUCUGAUCCGAAACUGCCUUCCAGCGGGAACAACGAGAUGUAUUCUGAUGGUAUGUGAGCGAUCAGAGGUGUUCGCCAGUGCGUGUGCCAUUGCUCGAGCCUUCCCACUGUUUACCCGCCGUUCCAGUGCUUCCCGCCGAGCGGAGAAAAAGAGCAUUGCAGUUGAAUUUCUGCUUGUUGGCCAAAACAAUGGACCCAUGGAAGUGACCACCCUAAAGUGCCUGGAGAGUGCGACUGAGGGGGUGAGACUGGCGGCCCGAAUUGUGGAUACUCCCUGCAAUGAGAUGAACACAGACCACUUCAUUGAGGAGAUAGCAGCCGUGGGGAAGGAACUUUGCAUUACUCCAAAGAUUAUUCGAGAUCAAGAGCUGAAGGAGAAAGGAUUUGGAGGAAUAUAUGGUGUUGGCAAAGCUGCAGAACACCCCCCAGCCUUUGUCAUCCUGAGUCAUACCCCAGAAGGUGCCACUCAAACCAUUGCCUGGGUUGGUAAGGGCAUAGUGUAUGAUACCGGAGGACUCAGCAUUAAGGGAAAGACCACAAUGCCGGGUAUGAAGAGAGAUUGCGGAGGGGCUGCUGCUGUCCUCGGUGCAUUUAAAGCUGCAGUAAAACAGGGUUUUAAAGACAACCUCCACGCCUUGUUCUGCCUGGCAGAGAACUCUGUUGGACCAAAUGCCACUCGACCAGAUGAUAUCCACUUGCUGUACUCUGGAAAAACGGUUGAAAUUAACAACACUGAUGCAGAGGGGAGGCUGGUGCUGGCUGACGGGGUGUCCUACGCCUGCAAGGAUCUAAAUGCAGAUAUCAUUCUGGAUAUGGCGACUUUAACAGGUGCUCAGGCCAUCGCAACCGGCAAGCAUCACGCUGCAGUACUGACAAACAGUGAGGAGUGGGAGAUGGCCUGUGUGAAGGCGGGUCGGAAGUGUGGAGACCUGGUUCACCCGCUGGUUUACUGUCCUGAACUGCACUUCAAUGAGUUUUCUUCUGCUGUGGCUGAUAUGAAGAACUCUGUGGCAGACCGGGAAAAUGCCCAGAGUUCUUGUGCUGGACUCUUUAUUGCUUCUCACAUCGGCUUUGACUGGCCAGGAGUUUGGGUGCAUGUCGAUAUAGCUUCCCCUGUUCACACGGGAGAAAGAGCCACUGGCUUUGGCGUUGCAUUACUUCUGUCUCUGUUUGGCCGUGCUUCGGAAGACCCUUUACUAAACAUGGUUUCGCCUUUGGGAGAGGAUGAAGUAGUUGAGACUCCUGAGAGAGAUACUAAAAGAAGACGCCUUGUGUGACCGUCUUAUCCUAGACCACUAAAGAAUCAAGCCAGUCUCUGAUCUGACCAUUUGUAUUCCUUGCACUUGUUAAUGGUAUGUGUUGAUGUAAAUGGACUUUCCUAUCUGAUGUAUGCAGGAGGUGACCCUGCUCUUGAUACCUGAUGUUUUUCCAGUACUAUGGAUUACAUCAGAAGUCACAGGCUCCUACCACCUUUCUAGAUAUCACUGUUCACCUCCAUCUGGCCAGCUCCUCUACCAUGGGGCAGUUUACUGUCUGCCUUUCUACAUGAUUUCUGUUUUUAUUAAAACUGUCUGCAUAUGUGA